AUGAAGGGGAGCAGCACCCUCCUGCUGGCAGCUGUCGCCUGGCUCUGCACCUGUGGGCUGGCCACAGACGAGGACACCAAUGAGUUUUUCAUGGAUUUCCUACAAACGCUGCUGGUGGGGUCCCCGGAGGAGCUCUAUGAGGGGCCCCUGAGCAAGUACAACGUCAACGCAGAUGCCAAGUCAGCGAUAACCGAGCUCAAGUCCUGCAUAGACGGCCUGCAGCCCAUGCACAAGGCGGAGCUGGUCAAGCUACUGGUACAAGUUCUGGGCAGUGAGGACAGCGCCUAG